UCUGGGAUCAAAGUUUCCCAGCUUGAUUGAUUGCUGCCUGUUUCCCUGCUCCAGAAAGGGAUGGACUACAUCUCCCAGCUGCCAUUGCUUGAGAGAGGGGCUGUCAGCGCCUGGGUUUUGCUGUAGCGGAAGGUCUGUAGCAAGAGAAGGUGGCUCUGAGUCCGCUUGCGAUAGGCAGGGCCGUGGUUGCAUUCCCUGGGAGUAUGGACACAUCUGGAAAAGUUAUAAAAUGCAGGGCAGCUGUUGCCUGGGAAGUGGGCAAACCCCUCUCAAUUGAGGAGGUAGAGGUCGCCCCACCAAGGGCUCAUGAAGUUCGUGUUAAGAUAGUGGCUACAGGAAUCUGCGGGACAGACGAUCACGUUCUGAAAGGUUCUUUUCCCAACAUAGAUUACCCAGUUAUUCCUGGCCAUGAAGGAGCUGGGAUUGUGGAGAGCAUUGGAGAAGGAGUGACUGGUGUGAAACCAGGAGAUAAGGUCAUUCCUCUUUGCCUGCCUCAAUGUGGAGAAUGCAGCUCCUGUCUGAAUCCAGAUGCCAACUGUUGCUUGAAAACACAUCUUUGUGAACCACAGAACCUGAUGCCUGACAAGACUAGCAGGUUCACCUGCAAAGGGAAACAGAUUCACCAUUUCCUGUGGAUCAGCACCUUUUCAGAGUACACAGUUAUGCCCGAUUCCACAAUUGCAAGAAUUGAUGCUGCUGCUCCUUUGGAUAAAGUCUGUCUGCUUGCCUGUGGAUUUUCCACAGGUUAUGGGGCUGCCAUCAAUACUGCUAAGGUUAAACCUGGUUCUACCUGUGCCAUCUUUGGUUUGGGAGGAGUUGGGCUCUCUGUUGUCAUUGGCUGUAAAACAGCCGGAGCUUCCCAAAUCAUUGGGAUUGACAUCAACAAGGAUAAAUUUACCAAGGCCAAAGAGGUGGGAGCAACUGAGUGCAUCAACCCACGGGAUUUCAGGCAGCCCAUUCAGGAGGUGCUGACUGAGAUGACUGGUGGUGGUGUGGACUAUUCCUUUGAAGUUGUUGGGGAUGUAGAUACUAUGACGGCUGCAUUGGCAUCUUGCCACAUGGGUUCUGGUACCUGUGUGGUGAUUGGGGUACCUGCUUUAGGAUCUCACAUACCGUUUGAUCCUAUGUUGCUGUUAACUGGACGUACCUGGAAGGGGAGCAUUCUUGGAGGCUGGAAGACAAAGGAUUCUAUCCCUAAACUGGUUUCUGGUUACAUGGAGAAGAAAUUUAAUCCAGAUGUAUUAAUAACCCACACACUGCCUUUUGAAAAAAUCAAUGAAGGUUUUGAAUUGUUAUGUGCAGGAAAGAGCAUUUGUGUUCGUGGCUGACCAGAGCUGGUUUAGGAAUAUGAUUUACAACAAGGAAGAUGGGGUCAAAAACAAAUCAAGUAUGUAUCAGCACAUCCAAAUGUAUAAUUUUGUUGCUUGUAACUACUUUCAUUUCACAUUUCAGUAUUCGCAGCAUCCUGUACUUUUAAGAUUGAAAACAGUGGUGUGCCUGCAUGUCAGUAUCUCAGCACUUCUUGUCCAGAAUCUUUUCUUCAGUGACUUCUUUUUAUGCGAUUGCUUCCUAAAGAAAGCUGUGAGAGUCCUUGGAUAAUUCUUACAUUUGCAACUGCAAAGCAUGACCUGGAAGAAAAAUGAAAAGAUUUUGUUUAAUAAGGAAGCAGCUCUGUUCACAAAGAAUGCUUUGAAAGGAAGCUUAAAGGCAGAUGAGAGAGCUAUAUGGGAGAAAAGUAGAUCUACAUCUUGAAAAGAUGUAGAUUGGGUUGGUCACCUCACUGGUAAACAGGCUUCCUUCACCCCACUCCAUUGCUACAUCUCCUUACUUGCAGCUUUCUCUUGCUUAUACAUAUGACAGUUAAGAUAAUCUCAGUUAAUCUCAAAUAUUUUGGAAAGUAGCCUGCAUCCAGCCUUUCACACGAUAGCCCUGCCAGCACAACACUCCACUCUGCUCCUGCAGCCCUCCCUGCUCCCAUUCCCAUCUCACCACAGUUUGCAAAAAACAUCUCAGCCCUGAUCCUGCAAGCUUUUAAGGUAGCACAGAAGAGGGUAUCUGGUAAAUUCAGAGGUGGCUUUCUCUGUAAACAGUGGGUUGGUGUGAAGGGGGUGGGGGCGUGUGGUCGCAGAACAGAAAAGAUUGCGUUAUUCAUUUAGAGAAGUGAUUUUUGACAGUGUCAAAUGGCAGUGACUGAGGGAGACAGAAGAAGCUCCCAAAAAUAAGUUUGAUUUAUUGUAUUCUUUCUUGUAGGGGAUUUAGGAGGUAUGAAGGGUGGCAGGGUAAAUAAUAAUAAACAACCUCAAUGGAAAGCAUUCCUGCCUCCGACUGCCUAUUUGGAACAUUAGAAAAUUCCCACAAGAACUGGACUGGGCUGUUUUUCAUGGCAAAAUUGGAAAUUUUUUUCCAGGAAUCUGUCAAACCAGUGUUUUUGCCUGAUAUGAGUUGAAGGGAAUCUUACUGAAAGACACGGGUGCCAUAAAUCGUGAUACAAAACAUUUGACCUAAAAGUCAAACCAACCUGAGCAUUGCAUAGAAAAAAAAUAUCCUAUUCCUCAAAUAAUUCUCCUUUAGAGAAAUUUUGUAUGACUUAUCUUGGUAGGCUAGGUCUGUGGGAGUUAAGCGGGUAAUUCCUACUGAAAUUUAUUGAGGUUUAAUGCCCAAUUACUGUUGAAAUCCCGGGUCUUUUUUCUUUAUUAGUUAUGCUCUGCCUUUGUGAAUGUGUACACCUCAUGUGAAAAUAAUAUAAAAAUAUUUUGAAAGAAAAAUCUAAGCAGGAAUAAAACCAAUAUCCUACAAGCUCCCCACUUUCUGCCAGUACUAUGAAUAGGUUCACCGGGGAAUGAGACAAAAGCUCAGAGACAAGUAAAGAGCCAGGAGACCUUGAUCAAAACCUAGUAAGAAAAGGCAACGGGAGAAGUCUGAGCAAUGUUCUUGGAGAGAAAUUGGGGCAAUCAGUUACCUUAAAUGUUUUUAUAUACUAAUGUGAGAAGCACAACGAAGAACUUGAGGUUCAAAAAGUGGAAACUUGGCCAUAUUACUAGGGCAGAGCAUAAGAGUAUUGCAUGGGCAUGUAGGGAGAAAAAUCAGGAAGAUCAAGGCAAGACAUCAGAUGCAACUGGUAAAGGAUGUAAAAGACAGUAAAAAGGGAUUCUACAAGUAUGUCGGAGGCAGACCAAAGACAGGGUAGGUUGUUUAUUGAAUGUAAAGGGCAAUCUGCUAAUGGAUGAUGCAGGGAAGGCCAAAGUAUCUAAUGCUUUUUUUAAACUUUGGUCUUCUCCGAUAAAGCUAACAGGUGACACAUACAGUUGGCAGCAAAGAUGGGGAGGGAGACACCCAGCAUAGAAUAGUGGACCAACAGAGUAGAGAUUACUUAGUUCUGAAAAAUCAGCACAGCUAGCAGGAUGCACUAUAUAGCACUCAAGGUUGGCUGAAGUAUUUUCAGAGCCAUUAACUAUCACCUUUGAGAACUUGUAGAGUCCCUGCUGGCUGGAAAAGGGCAAAUAAAGUCAGAACCACAGCAAGGGGGGGGUGCCAGUAUUGUACUGGCACCAAGCACCCUCACACAGGGCAGCACCAAAUCAAACUCAAUUCAUAUUACAUAGUAGCACAUAGGGGGUGCUCUGCAUGUGACCUGCACCAAAACUCAAGACUGACAUAGGUAACCUUUUGCCCACAAUGAUGCAUCUGUAGCUAUUUGCCUUGCCCACAUAAAGAUGUAUUUAAUUCUUCAUAUUUAAAUCUGUAAUCUUUGCUCCUGUCUUAAAUACUUUGCUUCAAACCUACUUUGCAAAACAUCUACUUGCCCAAACAUUUCCUGUUUGGUCCUUAACUUUGCUCUUGUGAAAUCAUCCCUCUUCACCUGCAAAUCUGGUGCCUUUAACAUCUGCUGGUGCAGGCCAUGAGUACUUGGAGACCUAAUGUAAGGCUGGGGGUUUUGAGUCACUUUGCGAAACAGGCAAAGAAAUGGUAGAUUUUUUUCACUAGACAUGAAUUUGUCAAUAAAUGGAUUCCAAAUGGAAACUCCUCUCAAACUCCAGGAAUGGGCUCUAUAUGGAUUUUAACAUACAGGCUUGUACCUGUCUGUAUAGUGAGUCUGAAUUCUGAAUUUAGAGACAGUCAAAACUUGAAGAAACCCACAGUCUGUCUCUAAACAACAUGACACAGGUCUAAGAGUAUAACAAAGUCUGUCAUUAGGAAGAUCAUGGCUUAUCAAUGAGAUAAUUGUGAGUGUUUGGAGGCCAUUUUAUUUUAGGAGUGCAAAUACUGAAUUUAUGUACUACACUUCAAGCAGGCAAGUCUUGAAAUUUUUUAGCAGUAGAGCACACCAAGGUUUUCUAGAAAUAUAUGUUAUUCUUAUUCUUAAAUAUAUUCUUAAAUAUUCUUAAAUAUAUGUUAGUCUUAUUCUUAAGAAAAAGAUUUACUUUUCUGCCUGCAGUCAACUUGUGUAUUAUACAGCAUAUAGAGAGAUGGCAGAAGUAAGCCAAGGAGACAGAAACAUCAAAUGUCAGUGCAGUGUACAGGCUAUUCAUGACAUUUGUGAAAAACUUUGCUGUGUAUGUAGCCUUGUCCAGGGAACAUUUUAAUUCUUCAAUUUGCAGCAUCUUUUUGCUUUAAUCCCUUGAGAAUGAAGAUCAUAUAAAGGUGCCAGCAGUAUGAACUUCUCACUUAACAUUAACUCUGGUUCUUGUACUGUAUACAUGUCAAAAUAAAAUCUCAGCUAGCACUUCCACCUAGAGCCACACAAAUUGGACAUAUCUAAAUCUGGAAACCUCUAAACAGAAUUAGAAAUUAUUUUUGGUUUGAGCUAAUAAUUCAGACAACAGGCUAAGGCUUUGAAGUAUGUGAAAAAAUGCAGUGAGGAUAUGAUACUAGAGAUGGGUCUGCUUCCAGAAUUAUGCUAAAUUAACCACUCCUUCAAGUAGUCAUAAUGGAUUUCAAGUAUCCUUCUUAGCACCAAGUGCCUAGUGUAACUAUAAGCAUAAUAUAUACCAUAUUAAUCAAUUAGCAUUCUGUAAGCAACUGUGAAAUUUAGGCCAGCAGAGGAUUGUUAUCUUUAAUAAAAAGGCAAUUCUUGCAAGAACCCAAUGGGCACGUCCACACAUGCAAGCACAUCUGCUUGCAGCAGCAAAAAUAGAAGUGGUGCAAAUUUAAGCCGGGGCUUUUUGCCUCAGCGCAUGUGCUCAGACAUGCACUUUGUGGUGGAG